UUCCAUCUGCUAGCUUAAGCUACUCUCGAUCAGCUGGCCCUGGCCACGGCCUUCUCCUAACGGGAGCCAUGGACGCAGACGCUAGCCAUGCACCCACCACCUCCUCCUCCGUCUCCUCGUCGUCGCUGUCCACUUCCUCCUCCACCUCCUCCCUCGUCGACAUUGGCGCGCAAGAGCUGUCCAGGAGCUCCAAGCCGAAACAACCCAAGAUCAAGAAGCGCAAGAGAGCCGCCGGUUCGCUGACGGCAGCCGAAGAACCGGAGGGCGCGGCCACUGCCGAUGCCCACGGCGGAGAGGAUACCAGCAGCUGCAGCACGGACGACAACGCGGCGUGCGGCAAGGCACAAGCGGCCGCAGGCGGCGGCGGCGACAGCAGCACCGCCGCCUCGGGGAGGAGCGGCUUCAAGCACCCGUCGUACCGCGGCGUGCGCCGCCGGAGCUGGGGGAAGUGGGUGUCGGAGAUCCGGGAGCCGCGCAAGAAGUCGCGCAUCUGGCUCGGCACCUUCCCCACAGCGGAGAUGGCGGCGCGCGCCCACGACGUGGCCGCGCUCGCCAUCAAGGGCCGCAACGCGCACCUCAACUUCCCGGACAGCGCCCACGAGCUGCCCCGCCCGGCGUCCACCUCCCCCGCAGACAUCCAGGCCGCCGCCACCAAGGCUGCCGCCGAGGUGCGGUUCGAGGAGUCGUCAUCGUCGCCCACCGCCGAGCAGCCGGAGGAAGCGGCCUGCCCGGAAACUGUGCACGCCGUCGGCGGCCAGGACAAUGCUCUGUUCGACCUACCCGACCUUCUUCUCGACCUACGGGACGGGCUCUGGUGGUCGCCGGUGUGGCCGGCGGCACUGGCGGCCGAGGAGUACGUCGACGGUGGCGACGCCGUCGUGCUCAACGAGCCACUCUUGUGGGCCGAGUAGCCAUUUUUACCGUUCUGGCCUUAUGGGCUCAUGAAUAGUAUUACCAGGCUACUACAACAGCUCCCAAGAAUGAAAGAAAAAAGAGCAAAAAAAUUACCUCUACAUUUAGUACUUCUAUUGACAAAGUUAGUUUAUGUUGUGCUUGAUUAGGCCAUGAAGCCUGUGUGCUUUAUGUACCAAGAAUCAAAAGAUCUCUCUACUAAUAGAAGUUAAUUAAUUUGAUGCCGCAUUUCU